AUGGCGUCGACGCACACCUUCCACACGAUCGACCUCUCCGAUGGCAAGACAUCUCAACGCACCUUACAGACCGUCUCGACCGUGACCCUCCCAGUGCCCGCCUCUCCCGCGCUCUCCAGGACCUCCACGCUGGUUGACGAUGGCCCUGAGACUAGCAAGCAGGGCGCCCUCAGUGUCUCCGACUUCGAGGGCAUUAAGAUCCUGGGGCGUGGGGCACAGGGAGUGGUCACCCUCGUCAAGGACAGGUAUACGGGUCGCAGCCACGCCCUAAAGGUCACCAAAGCUGCCAAGCUGAAGCCGAAGUCUUACCUCCACCUGUUCGAGGAGCAGACUACUCUCAAACGGCUGGCGGGCAUCCCUUGGUUCGUCGAGUUGCAGGGUUCCUUCUACGACAGUGCACACUUCUUCCUUCUUAUGAAAUACUACCCGAACGGCAGCCUAGGUUCUUUCCUGGGCCGCGGCCGUCUCUCUCCUGUUGACGCCCGCCGCUUCGCAGCCGAGCUGAUCUUCGCGCUCGGCCUGCUCCGCGAGAAGCGCGUCGUACACGGCGACAUCAAGCCCGACAACCUGCUCCUGGACAACCGCGGCCACCUCGUCGUCGCAGACUUCGGUAUGGCUCGCAGCUUCAACGAGCCAAGCCCGCUCGCGCCAUGGAAGGAGGCGGACGCGACUUGUCGCGGUGUUGGCACACCCGUGUACAUGGCCCCGGAGGUGUGGCGCAAGCCAAAUGCUCCCCAGUCAUACCCAGCGGACGUUUGGUCCGCGGGCGUUACCAUCUACGAAAUGCUUACCGGUCGUCUUCCAUUUGGGCCACAUAGCAAGUACCUCCCUGCGCUGGAGACGUGCUUCGCUACUAUUCGCAAACCCCUUACUUUCCCCGACGACCUGGAUAUAGAUGUUGACGACGACGCGCGCGACCUGGUGCACAAAAUGCUACAGGUUGACGCGAGCAAGCGCCCCUCCAUUGCGGCGAUCAAGAAACACCCUUACUUCAUGUCGAUGUGA